GCGGUGUCGACCGAUCGGGUCCUCGUCGACCUUCGUUCAAUACGCGGGCAUUCAAAAAGUGUGCGUACAUAUAUAUCGCGACUUUUCACCGGUUGACUUUUUCCCGAGGAAGUGACCCCUCCGAAGGAGGGGAACGCGCGCCCGUCGAUUUUCGAUCGCUCCGUUUCCGCUCGCCGCGUGUACGUCUUCUAUCGUUCUCUCGGGUUUCUCGCCAACGGCAACAAACGUUCGUCGUUCUCUCCUCGCCCCCACGUGACAGUGCACGACCACGUGGCCUACGAUUGAUCGAUCGCGUCCUCACCGUCAACGUUCCUACUUUGAACGUCUCAACAAGCGCGAGAAAGAGAGAGACGCACACACUCUGGAGAACAGUGAUUUCCGAUUGCGGAACGAAAUUGCGCAGCGGAAUUACGAAUCGGAAAUGAGAAGAUUUACGAGUCGCAAAACAGCUGAAGACAGCGAAGACUCGAUCGAGUGAGUAGAAUCGAGAGGUGGAUUCUCGCGCGAGAAACAAUUUUCGCGUGUGAUUUAAUACACGAGAAACAACUUCAUCUCGCGAAACUGAAACAGAAGAUAUCUCGGCGUGUGUACGCGAGUCGUGCGCGACGAUCGGUGUAUUUCUUCUGGCCACCGGUGUCAUACGCGGUGUGUCUCGAUUGCGCGGUGAAAUCGGGCCGGGUCGGGCAGGCUAUCGAUUGUGUGGGAACCGGUAGCAUAUAUCGACUUGGAGGAACUAGUCCGUGCCACGUGACUGUUUCGGUGACUGCGGUUUCUGCGUCGUUGGGCACCACGCGGGCACACACACACGGAUGUAGUCGCGGAAGUUGUCGAUAGAUCUCGUAUUAAGAUCAAACACAGAAGAGAGAAUUUUCACGUUUCUGAAAGAAAAACUCCUUGCGCGCGCGUUGAUUGAAUUUUCCGACAUUCCGCUCGAUUAAAAUCAGUAAGAUCGCGAGCGAGCGUGCGCGAAUGACGUCGCGCGAACGAGAAAAAUUUACGCGCGCGGAUGCGAGAGACAUUACGCCGUGCGUAAUUGCGCGUUGAUGUCUCCACCCAGACGGGGAGUUAAAACUGCCGCUUUACGGAGGGUUCUAAUGCGAGAAAUGACAUUCCGCGGCGCGUAUCGCGCGUAACACAGCCCCGUCCGGAGAGUUGAACGCGCGCGAGGUCGUCUCUUCCCCUCCUCGUUUCUCGAGAGGAGGAUAGUCUCGCGAAAGAGAGGCGUCGAAAAAAACUCGUUUGGACUAACGAGACGCGGUUCGAUCGUGUGACGCAAAAGUAAUCGCGAGAAACGCCUGGAACGCGAUCAAAAAUUUCACGUCUUUCUUCGCAAAUCGCGUGACGAAAUUCUGAGACGCGCGCGAUGUUGAUCUCUCGAAAUAGCGUACAAGAAAAUAUAACGCGGAUGAUUACGACGAUAGCUAUCGCGCGCCGUGAUUGUCUGUGAUUGACGUGUACGCGUGAUUGCCUUGAUAAAGGCAAUCGAGUCCGUAUAUUCUCUUCUCUUUCUUUCUCACGUCUGCGUGUCGCUUGCCGUUACUGAAAUCCUAUUAAAGAGCGACUAUACGACGCUCGCGCGAUUCCUCAUCACGGGAUGUCGAAGUCGCCGACAGCAAAUACCGUUGACGUUUCGAGCUCCUCUCUUAAUUAAGUGGAACAUAACGCGUGCGUGCGCGCGCGCGCGCAUAGUUUCUUCGAUGAUUCUUCUGAGCAGUGAAAGUUACGCCUGACAGGAAAUUUGCAUACAAUUAUCCGCAGUGCCAUUGUAAGUUCGUCGCGCUACGAAUGCUUCGAAGUUCGACGAGUACGUCGCAAUGGAGUGAUGUUACAUUAGCAUAAUUUUUUUUUUUUUUUUAAUCGGCUAGAAGAGAGACAGUCACGUGCGCGCGUCUUCAUUGACUGUAAAAUGUAAGAUCGCUCGGGCGAUGAUGUUCUCGCGCGACUGAGAUUAAAUGUAAUCGGACAAGAGCGAAGAGCUCGUAAGCGAGCGCAUCGUUGCGGCGAAUUAAUGACGUCGGGGUCGUUUUAAUGCUCCGGUCGUGUGUGCGCGUGCGUGUGUGUGUGUGUGUGUGUGGAAGUAAAAGUUUUUAAAACGUAGACGCGGAAAAACGUCUUCUUCUUCAAGAAGGGACGUACGCGCGUCUUCGGCAACGCAUUCGUUAAAUCGCACGCGUACCUACACGGUUUAAUAAUCCGCGCGCUUGUUGAUUUAUUUCUCUUAAAUAAACGGUGUUUUAUCCGGUUAAUGGACGAUCAUUAUGCCAUCAACGAAUAAUCAGAGGAGAUUGCCCGAUGUAACAAACGCGCAUGGAUAUUACUGACGACUGGUCGACGACUGUCUCUCGUAAAUUGGCUCGAGAGUUUCACGACGAAAGCGAAUUCUUCUCUUCUCAUUAAAACGAUCAUUACCGAACGUACGUUACCGACGUUCGAGCACGACGACAAACAACAAAAUAUGCGCAGAGACCAUCGAAUUGAAACCUAACUGUAAAACCACGCGCGUAUCUCGUUCACGUAAUAUCGGAAACAACUGACACGCGGCUCGUCUUUCGCGAUGAUCCGAGAUUUCUUAAUGAAGAUCGAGCGGGGUUAAUGAGCUGAUAUCCCUUCGAAUUGACAAACGGACGAAGAUUCAAACGGCGAGAGGGAGAGACUCUAUGUGCCCGCGUUUGUGCUCGCUCGGUCUUUGCCGCGGUAUCUCGCUGUCACCCAUCAGCGACCGGCGACCGUUCCGCGCGAAUCCCCACGAGCGAGUAGAUAGCGGCCGUAACAGCGGGGGAUUUUGCACCAUGUCCGUUCUGGAAACCGGCGAGGCCGAUCGCGCGACGAUGUCACCGCUGGACGAGGUUGUGUCCCCGACGAGCGUCGAGUCGGAACUGAUGGUCACCGACAUGUUGGACGAGCACGAGACCAACGCGCUCAGCGAGCAACAUCGGGACAGCAGCAAGCGCAAGAGGGACACGGACGGCGACGAACUUACGCCGAAGAAGCUGCCGUCGCUCACGAGAAACAACAACGAGGUCGGCUUCGUACUCGAGGAUAAUCCCGACGACGAGCAGCUCAACGAGGACAGGGAUGACGACCGCUUGACUGGUCAUGGGGGCAUUUCCUCGCUUGGCGGCGGGAACUCGUCGCCUUACUCCGGUGCCCAUCACCACGGACACCGGGGAAACGGGAACGGGGGCGGCAUGCCCCACCACGGGAGCGCCUCCUUGCCGACGGCCUCCGACUUUCAACCCCCUUACUUCCCGCCCCCGUUUCCCUCGCAUCACCACACACCCGCCAGUCCCCAGCAUCCCGGUCUCGGCCAACCGCAACACCUGGAUUACCUCGUUUCCGAUCCCUACACGCAAACGCUCAACACGCUGCAUCAGCACCACUACAAUCACCUGAGCGCCGCCGUAACCGCGGGACAGAGGAGCGGCGAUCUCAGGAGAGAUGCCGAGGGGAUUCACGUGACGAACAUGCACGCGUCGUUCCCGUACGACGGCGGACGCAGCAGCGGCGGAGGCGGUGGUGGCGGAGGUGGCGGCGGCGGCGGGGGUGGCGGCGGCGGAAGGGGUGUCGAGUAUGGCGCCGUACGCCGUCCCGACGCCCUCCUACCGCCUCCGGGCCUCGACCAAACCGACCUCGUUCUGCACAGCAGCCUCGUUGACGACCCCCAGGUGAGCGACGAUAACACAAACGUGGACGAUGGAGGGUUUAUGAACGACCUGCCGCUAUUAAAAAAUAUGAAACCUUCGGACAGGAGCGAGAAGGCCAUAUUGACCGGAAACGCGCAACCGUCGGACGUGUUCUGUUCGGUCCCAGGACGAUUGUCGUUACUAAGCAGCACCAGCAAGUACAAAGUUACGGUAGCGGAGGUACAAAGACGGCUAUCGCCACCGGAGUGUCUGAACGCGAGUCUCCUUGGUGGCGUGUUGCGAAGAGCAAAAUCCAAAAACGGCGGGCGUCUGCUUAGGGAAAAGCUGGAAAAGAUCGGCUUGAAUCUGCCAGCCGGCAGAAGGAAGGCGGCCAACGUCACGCUCUUGACAUCUCUGGUGGAAGGAGAAGCCAUUCACCUUGCCCGAGACUUCGGCUACGUUUGCGAAACCGAAUUCCCCGCGAAACAAGUCGCCGAAUAUCUUAGCCGGCAGCAUUGCGAGCCGCAGGAUUCCUACAGGAGAAAGGAACUUCUUCAUGCCACCAAACAAAUCACCAAAGAGCUGAUGGAUCUUCUGAACCAGGACAGAUCGCCGCUUUGCAACACGCGGCCGCAGCACAUCCUCGAUCCCAGCAUACAGAGACAUCUCACCCACUUCUCUCUCAUAUCACACGGAUUCGGAAGUCCUGCGAUCGUAGCUGCUCUAACAGCUAUACAGAAGUUCCUAAGCGAGUCUUUGAAUCAUCUCGAGAAGAUGUAUCCCGGGAACGGUAGCGGCGUGACCAGCAGUCAACAGUCGAAUCUCGACACGAGUAAGAGCAAGGACGGCACGUUGAUGAACGACAUGAAGAAGUGACGCACGGAAGACCCGCCUACCUCGAACGUGGUCACGUCUAUCAGGCACUCAUGGCCGUACAACUGAGCUUUUUCGUGUGUCGCCACUCUUGCGGAAAGCUCGCAGUGGACCACUGAAAACAAAGAACGCGCACCCGCAUAUAUACAUAUAUAUAUAUAUAUAUACAUAUAUAUAUAUAUAUAUACAUAUUAUAUAUAUAUAAAAAAAACAAUACGCGCGGGCGCGUCACACGCGUGCGGGUUAUUCGCGCCUGGGACGUGCCACCGUACACGCCGAGGUUGGCUGGUCGUAAAAAAAGAAAAAAAAAGCUUUCUGUAGGCAAUUUCGACGCGCAGUCUGUAAAAUGUGCAAUCGGGAAUAGUAGUUUGAACGGUAUAUAAGAAAAAACAGGAGAGAGAGAGAGAGAGGCGAACGGUUUCCCUCCCUCCCGGCUCUCGUAAACAGAGCUCGCCCGGAAAACAAUAAUGGAGGGUGAGGGACUCACAACUCUUUGUCGCUGGUCGUCGUCUUUGUGAGAACGGUUUCUUUACUCGUUCAUUUCGUAUACUCUGUGUUGCGAAAAUGUGUAUUUUAUUUUAUUUUUUUCAAAAAGCUUUUGUUGAAGGAAAUAUUUCGCGAACACCGAAAAGCUUUCUCUUUUCUUAGCUUUAUUUGUUAACAGUUGCAAUUCGAUUGUCAUUAUUGCAUAAUGACAUAUGUGGAUCUUACAUUGUUGAGAAAAAAAAGACAAUUUUUGUAAGUAGACAAGAGCGAACGUAUCUCCCGAGUACAUGCGUUUUUAAGUUUUAGUGCGUGGCUUCUUGCAUUUAGAUCUUCGGUUCUGUUCCAAAGAGUUUAUCUAAUUUAAGAGAGUUCCCGCGCGUGUAACGAGAAUUCUAACUUUUAGCCAUCACGUGACGCUGAAAAGAUAAUUACGCAAACUAAUCAUCGUUUUUUUUUCUUUUUUUUUUUUUUUCCAAAGAAACAAACCCGAGAUACAAAAGUGAUCAUUACA